GAAUCUAAAAUACGAAAAAAUAAAAAAAGAAAGGAAAAUGAAAAUCCAGAACCCACUUCUUCCAAUCAUCGUCUUCGUAAUCUAGAGCGGCCGCCGGCCGGUAGGGUUAGGCUGCGGUACACCAUGCCCACAUAACAAAUCCCGUAACCGUCACCUCCUCUAUCCGCAGCCGUCGGAUCGUGUGAAUGGGAUCGUCAUCAGCGUUCAUCCUGAUCUGCCUGCUGCACUGUCUGAUCGCGUCGACGUGCGGGGCCCUGAUGAUGUUCUACAUGAAGGAGGUGUACACGCUGGGGCACGGGAUCGAGACGACGACGAAGCUGCUGGGGUCCACGCCACACGACCAGCUUCUGAUCCGGACCUCCGACUCCUUCUCGGGCAUGCUCCUGUUCGCGAUCGGGUUCCUCCUCUUCAUGGUGGCCUUCGUGAGGGACCGAGAGUUCCAGGCCUUCUUCGCCAAGGGGUGCACCCUCCUCCAUUUUUCCAUGGCCAUGUGGCGCGUCUACUUCGAGCGCAAGGUUGAGGAUCUCGCCUGGGACUGGCUCAGGCAGACAGUUGGCGACAUCCUAUUGGCUGCCUCGUGGGUGUUUUUCCUUGUUUACUCCUGGAGAGAGAAGUACGAUUAGGCCCCUGUCUUUUCUCCUUAAUUACGAUUCUCUCCUCCUGUUUUUUUUUUUUUUUUUUUUUUUUUUUUGGGGUUUCUUAUAGUCUAAUGGAAUACUCGCCUUUGUAAAUCUCUGCAUUUUGAAUUAAUAACUGUGAAGAUUUUGUGAAUUAAGUAAAGAUAGUGCAAAUUCCGUGUGUUAA